AUGGAUUUGAAGUACAUAAAGCAAUCUUUCAGGAAGAAAAGAUCAAUUAGAGAAAAAAGAUUGACGGAAGCCGAUGAGAGAGGUGAGAAGAGUUUUAAGAAAGGAAAAGCCUAUAGGCACCCCACUUAUCGUGGUGUGAGGAUGCGAAGCUGGGGGAAAUGGGUGUCUGAAAUACGCGAGCCAAGGAAGAAAUCAAGAAUUUGGCUUGGAACAUUCCCUACAGCAGAUAUGGCAGCUCGAGCCCAUGAUGUGGCCUCGAUGGUAAUAAAAGGUGACUCGGCUUACCUGAAUUUUCCUGAGUCAGCGCAUGAACUUCCUCGCCCCGCCAGUUCUUCCCGCAGAGACAUUCAAGAAGCUGCUAAUAAGGCAGCCUAUGCCAUGGUUGACCAGCACAAUGCCAUGAUUGAAGUCAAGACGGAGCCAAGUCAGGAUGAGAUGCCCGUUCCUCAGUCCCCAAGUACCACCACAAUGUCAUGCGAAACCCAGGGGUCCCCGUCUUCUCAAUCGGUGGAUAGUGACAGUAUGUGGUUUGACCUUCCUGACCUCUCCCUGGAAGCAAAUUCGAGUCAUCGAUUCGGUUACACUUCUUGGUGGCAACAAGCUGGAAUUGACACUGAAUUCCAAUUUGAGGAAACAAUGGGCUGGGAUAAAUAGCUGAUAGUCCUCUGGAGAAAUCAUUCGGGGUUGAAAUUGUGAUACCUUGCCCGUGGUUUUGUUUCAGGAAUUGGGGCUAUGGAUAUCUUCGUUGGCCAACUUUAUUUCCUGUAUAAAGAGUAAAGACCUUAAUCUAUACCCCUGAAACAUGCGUGUAUCAUUCU